UGGCAAACGCAUUAGGUUGUGCAAGUGCGAGUACUAUUUCUGACCUUUCGUUUUCUGGAUCUAGGGUUUCUGUGACGCUCUCUCUUGAAUCUCAAUUUCAUCAUCAUCUUCACAAAAAACCCCAAUCUUCAAACCCUAAUCACCACCUCCCUCUAAUCAAUACUACAAUUCUAUCGGAGAUUCACAAUCAGGCGCAAAUUGAAUUAGGGUUCAUCGAUCAAAUCGAAUAUUAUUACUAUUAUCAAAUUUUCACCCAAAUCGCCGUCACCAUCACUUUCAAUUCACGGAUCUAAAAAUUGGCCUAAUUUUUCAUUCUAUUUUAUAUAUUUUGUAAAUCAGAUGAAUUUUAAACCGAUUUUGACGCCAAUUAUGAUGAUGAAUACUACUAGUUAUUGAUGAAAUUUCCCAAAGACUGUUUCUUUUUGUGAUUUGAAGGGACCCAAAAACAAAAAAUGUAUAAAUCGGUGGUGUAUCAAGGGGAGGUGAUGUUGGGUGAGGUAGAUAUAUACCCAGAAGUGAACAACAACAUCAACAACAAGAACAAGAAUUUUGAUGUGAAGGAAAUCAGAAUAACUCAGUUUUCUCAACCUAGUGAGAGGUGUUCACCACUUGCUGUUCUUCAUACUAUUACUACUGUUUGCUUCAAAAUGGAGUCAAAGACACAGCACCAGAAUCAGCUCUUACACUUGCACUCCUUGUGUAUCAGAGAGAACAAGACAGCUGUUAUGCCGCUGUAUGGGGAAGAAUUACAUUUGGUUGCAAUGCAUUCGCGGAAUGACGACAGACCAUGUUUCUGGGGAUUUAUUGUUGCCACAGGACUUUAUAAUUCAUCCGUCGUGUUGUUAAAUCUCAGAUGUUUGGGUAUAGUGUUUGAUCUGGAUGAAACCCUUGUUGUAGCAAAUACAAUGCGCUCGUUCGAGGAUAGAAUUGAUGCACUCCAGAGAAAAGUAAACUCUGAGGUAGAUCCACAACGAAUUUCUGGCAUGCAGGCGGAGAUCAAGCGCUACCAAGAGGACAAGAGUAUAUUGAAGCAGUAUGCUGAAAAUGAUCAGGUAGUUGAUAACGGAAAAGUGAUAAAAGUUCAAUCUGAGCUUGUUCCAGCAUUAUCUGACAGUCAUCAGCCCAUAGUUCGACCACUGAUACGGUUGCAUGAAAAAAACAUUAUUUUGACACGCAUCAAUCCGCAGAUUCGUGAUACAAGUGUUCUUGUGAGGUUGAGACCUGCAUGGGAAGAUCUUCGGAGCUACCUGAUUGCAAGAGGGCGCAAGCGUUUUGAGGUUUUUGUUUGCACAAUGGCUGAAAGGGACUAUGCGCUAGAAAUGUGGAGACUUCUUGAUCCAGAUUCAAAUUUGAUAAAUGCGAAAGAACUAUUGGGUCGCAUUGUAUGUGUUAAGUCCGGUUUGAAAAAGUCCUUGUUCAAUGUCUUCCAAGAUGGCUCAUGCCAUCCAAAGAUGGCGUUAGUAAUUGACGAUCGCUUGAAAGUGUGGGAUGAGAAAGAUCAACCUCGGGUACAUGUCGUUCCUGCAUUUGCUCCAUACUAUGCUCCUCAAGCUGAGGCAAGCAAUACUAUCCCUGUCUUGUGCGUUGCAAGAAAUGUUGCUUGCAAUGUUAGGGGUGGCUUCUUUAAGGAUUUUGAUGAUGGUCUUCUACAAAAGAUUCCUCAAAUUGCCUAUGAAGAUGAUAUUAAAGAUAUACCUCCUGCUCCUGACGUGAGCAAUUAUCUAGUUUCAGAGGACGAUGGAUCUGCUUCCUAUGGAAAUAGAGAUCCGUUUUUAUUUGAUGGCAUGGCAGAUGCUGAGGUAGAAAGAAAAUUGAAGGAUGCAAUAUCAGCAACUUCAGCUAUUCCUAUGACAACUGCGAAGUUAGAUCCCAGGCUCACUUCUUCUCUUCAGUAUACAAUGGUAUCUCCUGGUUCAGUUCCACCACCUGCACCACACGCAUCUAUGAUACAAUUGCCUCACACACAGUUCCUUCAACCUGCUACACCAGUAAAGCCAAUGGUUCAAGUUGCCCCUUUAGAAUCAAGCUUGCAUAGUUCUCCUGCUAGAGAAGAAGGGGAAGUAGGUGAAUCAGAAUUAGACCCAGAUACAAGGCGAAGGCUUCUCAUAUUGCAACAUGGACAAGAUAUUAGGGAUCAUACAUCUAGUGAGCCUCCAUUCCCCGUUAGACACCCCAAUCCUGUACAAGUUUCCACUCGUGCACCAUCACGUGGGGGAUGGUUUCCUGUAGAAGAGGAGAUUGGUUCACAACCACCGAACAGAGUACUACCUAAAGAAAUUCUUGUAGAUUCUGGUCCAUCACGUAUGGAGAAGCACCGGCCUCAUCAACCAUCCUUUUUCUCUAAGGUUGAUGGCUCUAUUUCAUCUGAUAGAGCUCUCCAUGAGAGCCACCAAAGAUUGCCAAAGGAGAUUUACCAUAGAGAUGAUCGGUCAAGAGUAAACCAUAUGCUCCCUAGUUAUCAUUCGUUAUCUGGUGAUGACAUCCUCUUUGGUAGGUCAUCUUCUAGCCACAGGGAUCUUGACUCUGAAUCUGGUAAUUCUGUAUUGCAUGCAGAAACACCAGCUGCAGUAUUACAGGAAAUUGCACUGAAGUGUGGAACUAAGGUGGAAUAUACAUCAUCUUUGGUUGCCAGCAGAGAGCUGCAGUUCUCCGUCGAGGCGUGGUUUUCUGGGAAAAAAGUUGGCCAAGGAAUUGGCAGAACUAGAAUGGAAGCGCGAUAUAAGGCUGCUGAGGAUUCUAUUAAACAUUUGGCUGAUAUAUAUUUAUCACGUGCUAAGGAUGAGCCUGGUUCCGCAUAUGGUGAUGUGAGUGGAUUUCCUAAUGCAAAUGACAACGGUUAUGUGGGUAAUGUUAGUUCUCUUGGUAAUCACCCCCUGCCUAAAGAGGAGGCGGUCUCAUUUUCAGCUGCAUCAGAUCUAUCAAGGGUUUUGGAUCCUAGGUUGGAAGUCUCCAAGAGAUCAACGGGUUCAGUCUCUGCCCUCAAAGAAUUGUGCAUGAUGGAGGGUCUUGGUGUCAAUUUUCUAUCAGUGCCUGCUCCACUUUCAACAAAUUCAGUUCAGAAAGAUGAAGUAUAUGCACAGGUUGAGAUAGAUGGCCAGGUCUAUGGUAAAGGGACCGGAUUAACAUGGGACGAGGCUAAAAUGCAGGCUGCUGAGAAGGCACUUGGAAGUCUAAGACCAAUGCAUGGCCACAGCAUUCAGAGACGGCAGAGUUCUCCCAGGCCAUUUCAGGGAUUCUCGAAUAAACGUUUGAAGCAAGAACAUCCACGAACUCUGCAGCGAUUCGCAUCUUCUGGUAGAUAUCCUAGGAAUGCUCCAGCAAUCCCGUGACAAUAUCCUAGGAAUGCUCCAGCAAUCCCGUGACAAGAGAAACAGGAUUUUCAGUCUCACUUACUGGUAUGACUGUUGUUGGGGCAUGCAUGUGUAUAUGUUACUGAUUCAGCAAUGUGAAGGGUGGUGGCUGUUGGGUUGAGACCAUUUCAACUUAAGUGGGUCGGUAUUUGUCACACCGAGCUCAAUGCCAAUAUAGAACAACACCACAUUUUGUACCAUUGUAUUAUCCUCCACUGAAAUAGGGGUGAGGUACUGGUCAAAGAUUGAUUUUGUUAGAUAAUCACAUCUUGAUGGUCCCAAUCAAUGGAGUAUUGGUUGCGUUGUGUGGAUAUGCUUCGAGACCGGUUUACAAGACAAGAUGAUGAGGCAAGUCCAAUGCAAUGCAAUGCAUACUCAAGAGUAACCAAACCAACCUAAUGAAAUUGAGAAUUGAUUCAGCGUUUAUCUUUCUCACUCAAAGUGAUGGUACAAAUACAACCAUUCAGUACAGGUCCUUUUUAUUUUUUUAAUUGGUAUUCACUUUUUUCACUAACAUAACCGGGUAGUGGUUCUAUCACCUUGAGUCCUCUAAAGACUCUGUUAUUACCAGAGUCUUGAGGUUGGUGAGUUUGCAUAGUACUGUAACAUUGAUAAUGAUUUCUAAAUGUGAUUAUUUGUCAAUUUUGUUCCCCAA